GAGCCCAGCAAUAACUACCAGACCACGGUGGAUACCGACACGUUCCAUCCGCGGGAGGCGGACCCCGCGGACGUGGCGCGGGUGAGUCCGCGCCCCUCCCCAUCGCCGCUCGUCCCACUCGAGAUCUCAUCGAAACCCCCCGAAACUCGUCCCAUCUCUCAGGUUGCGCAAGGCGGCGAGGGACUCCCCGCGCCGAGCGGAGACGACGCUAGCGUCCCCAAGCUAGACAUCAAUAGCGGCGAGUCCAUCGCGAUGGACGCCAUGGGACCGGUGGUGGUGAACGAGGACGGUUCGCUGUCCAGGAUCGCCAACUGGCCGAUGCUCACGGACAGGGAAAAAGAGGUGACGCAGCGAAGGAUAGCCAAGCGCAACAAGGAACGACUGGACAGACUCAGGGAGGCGGCCAAGGAGAACGAGCGCGCGUGAGGCGCCUAGCUAGUUAGCGAUCGACGUCAUUCGCGUGUUUUAUUUAGCGGCGUUCUCGUGCG